AUGGCGCGAACUCUACGCAGGCUGCGACCUCUCAUCAUCGUCGUAGCGGUCUGGCUGCUCUUCGUAUGGUAUCUCUUCGGCGACGACCUCCGUCAGGGCGUCUCCUCCCCCCGACCACCCGCCAAUGACGCCAAGAUCGGCGCCCUGAGCCAGAUCACCCGCUGGAAGAAGCACCCCGACCGAUACCCGGUGACCUCGUACCGGCCGCUGCCCACGGGGGCCCCCGUGUCCAUCCCCGCGAUCCAGAAGACGCCCGCGCCCGCGGAGGACGUCGAGGCGCGGCGCGUGCGCCUGGCCCGCCUGGCCGCCGUGCAGGAGAGCUUCCGCCACAGCUGGGAGGGGUACAAGACGCACGCGUGGCUGCACGACGAGGUGGCGCCGCUGACGGGGCACCCGAAGAACCCGUUCGGGGGGUGGGCGGCGACGCUGGUGGACGCGCUGGACGCGCUGUGGAUCAUGGGGCUGAAGGACGAGUUCGAGGCCGCCGUCAAGGCCGUGGACGACAUUGACUUUGCCACGACGCAGACGGCGUCCGUCAACGUCUUUGAGACCACCAUCCGCUACCUGGGCGGGUUCCUGGCCGCGUACGAGCUGAGCGAUAAGCAGUUCCCGAGCCUGCUGAGGAAGGCGGUCGAGGUGGCGGAGCUGCUCAUGUGUGCGUUUGAUACUCCGAAUCGCAUGCCGAUCAGCCGGUGGGAUUGGCGGAGCUACACAGCUGGCAAUGACCAGUGGGCUUCUCGGACGAUGCUUGUGUCUGAAUUGGGAUCAUUGUCUUUGGAGUUCACAAAGCUGUCUCAGUUGACUGGAGAGCCGAAGUAUUAUGAUGCUGUACAACGUGUCUCUGAUGAAUUCGAAAAGGGGCAAGAUACGACAAAGCUACCCGGGAUGUGGCCCAUCGUGGUGGAUGGGCUCGGGCCAUUCUUUAAUUCAGAUAAUUCUUUCACACUUGGCGGAAUGUCUGACUCUCUUUACGAAUAUUUCCCCAAGCAAUACCUCAUCCUGGGUGGAAUUCUUGAGCAGCCCCGGAAGCUGUAUGAGGGCUUCAUUGACGUAGCGAAGAAGCAUCUCUUCCGCCGAGCCAUGAACGAACACAAUUUACGAAUCAUAAUCCCCGGUGACGCCCGCAUCACCACUAGAGAUGGCGAUCCGAAAGUCAUCAUGACUCCCAGGGGUCAGCAUCUAACCUGCUUCACUGGAGGCAUGGUAGGCAUUGCCAGCCGAAUAUUCAACCGUCCAGACGACAUGGACGUUGCCAUUCAGCUCACAGAUGCCUGUGUCUGGACAUACAACGUAACAGCAUCGGGCAUCGGUCCCGAGAUCUUCAGCUUUGUGGCCUGCGGCAAGAUCGAGGAGGAGCAGACAGGUCCAGGCUGCGCGUACAGCGAAGAGAAGUGGCGCACGGCGAUCCGCGACUUCUGGCGGCCGAGCAGUGACAUGGCGCCAUCAGACCCGCAGAUCAGCAACAUCAUCCACGGCCGGCGGCUGCCGCCCGGGUUCCUGGACGUGGGCGAUAAGAAGUACAUCCUGCGGCCCGAGGCGAUUGAGUCGGUCUUCAUCAUGUGGCGCAUCACGGGCGACCCGGCGUGGAUGGACAAGGCGUGGGACAUGUUCCGGCACAUUGAGAUGCACACGCGGGGUGAGAUUGCCGCGGCGAGCCUGGAUGAUGUGACGAGGGCGGACCCGACGCAGGUGGAUAGCAUGGAGAGCUUCUGGCUGGCUGAGACGCUCAAGUAUUUCUAUCUGAUGUUCUCGGAGUGGGAUGUGGUGGACCUUGAUAAGUGGGUGCUUAAUACGGAGGCUCAUCCUCUAAGACGACCGGACGCUUGA